AUGAAUCGGAAAAAAUUUGCAGAUUCAGAAAUAGAGCAACUCCUUGAAGAAUUCUUUGAUGUUCCUGAAAGUCCUGAACAUUCUGAGGAUUAUUUGGAGUCGGAUGAUGAAGGAAAAGCUCAAUACAGUACAGUCAAACUUCAGAGCAUUCUGGAGAGUCUCGACGCCGGUACAGAAAAUAUUUCUAUAUCGUUUUUGGAAAGCCAUAAUAGCCUUCAACCAUCUGUAUCGGAAUUCGACUGCCAGCCUUUGUAUUCAGUUCAAGAAAUUUGUAGUCCUGGUCCAUCUUCAAGCCGAGUAACGCAAUCCCGGCCUUCGACUGGUCCUAGUUAUACUGUCAAAUCGUCUACACUAACCUCCUCCUCUGUUCCUGAUGAUACAAGUAGUGAAUCUGAUACAGAUCAAUCCGACGACGACAAAGAAUGUUGGAAAAAAGUUCAUACGGCUAAUUGGGCUGAUAGAACAAAACCUGAAACGUUUGAUAAAACCCCAUUAGCACCAAAACGAAAAGUCGGCGACAGAACAAGGUCAUUACGAUUCUUUGAAAAGUUUUUUUCAAAUGAAGUAUAUGAGCAAAAUAUUUAUCAGACAAAUUUAUAUGCUGCCCAAGAGAAAAUUGAAAACUGGUCACCACUUAAACUUCCAGAGCUAAAGGCCUUUAUAGGCAUAAUAAUUGUGAUGGGCUAUCACAUUUUGCCAUCCAUAGACCUUUACUGGUCUUCUGAUCCUGGAUUUAGAGUAAAUGAAAUUGCCGAUAUUAUGCCUGUAAAAAGAUUUAAAAAAAUCUUAAGAUGUCUACAUCUUAACGACAAUAGAAAACAGCCAAAAAAACAGCCCUGA